CACAGGACCUUUCCAGUGGCGCCUCCCCUGCUGGCACAUGGUGGCCCCUGCAUGACCAGGAGCUGGUCCCCCGAUGCCCUGGAGCCCUGGCAGGGCCCCUGUCCCACACUACUUCCACCAGCACCUCUGACAUGUGCCCGGAGGCAUGAACGUGCCAGCCCUUGGUUCAGCGCCUGCUCCCGAGGUGACAACUGCUGACUCCCUGCCGACUCCCAAUUCUCUGCGUGUGGCUCCCUGCUUGGAUAGCUGCUGCCCGGGAGAGGUGACCCGGGCGCCCUGCUAGGGCGACGGCCCCAGCCCCGAGGGAGGGCCGGGAUCAUGAAAGGCCUCGGUGACAGCCGCCCCCGCCACCUCUCUGACAGCCUGGACCCACCACAUGAGCCCCUGUUCGCAGGGCCCGACCGCAACCCCUACCUGCUGUCGCCCACAGAGGCCUUCGCCCGAGAGGCUCGAUUCCCGGGACAGAACACGCCACCUGGGGAUGGCCUCUUCCCACUCAACAACCAGCUGCCCCCACCCAGCAGCACCUUCCCCCGCAUCCACUACAACUCCCACUUCGAGGUGCCAGAGGAGAGCCCCUUCCCCAGCCACGCCCAGGCCACCAAGAUCAACAGGCUGCCUGCCAACCUCCUGGACCAGUUUGAGAAGCAGCUGCCCAUCCACCGGGAUGGCUUCAGCACGCUCCAGUUCCCCCGAGGCGAGCCCAAGGCCCGUGGCGAGAGCCCCGGCCGCAUCCGCCACCUGGUCCACUCGGUCCAGCGGCUCUUCUUCACCAAGGCCCCCUCCCUGGAGGGCACGGCAGGCAAGGUCGCUGGCAAUGGCGGCAAGAAGGGCGUGCUGGAGGACAGCAAGGGCCGGAGGGCCAAGAGCAAGGAUCGCGCCAAGGCGGGGGAGCCCAAACGGCGCAGCCGCUCCAACAUCUCGGGCUGGUGGAGCUCCGACGACAACCUGGAUGGCGAGGGCGGCCCCUUCCGCGGCAGCGGCCCCGCCUCCGGCCUGAUGACCCUUGGCCGCCAGGCGGAGCGCACCCAGCCACGCUACUUCAUGCACGCCUACAACACCAUCAGCGGCCACAUGCUCAAAGCCACCAAGAACACCACCAACGAGCUGACCGCCCCCCCACCCCCGCCCGUGCCCCCGGCCGCCUGCCCCACCCUGGGGGUGGGGACUGACACUAAUUACGUCAAGCGGGGCUCCUGGUCCACUCUGACCCUCAGCCAUGCCCAUGAAGUCUGCCAGAAGACAUCAGCCACCUUAGACAAGAGCCUGCUAAAGUCCAAGUCCUGCCACCAAGGGCUGGCCUACCAUUACCUGCAGGUGCCGGGCGGCGGCGAGUGGAGCACCGCACUGCUGUCCCCUCGCGAGGCGGAUGCCACCGCCGAGGGCCCCAUCCCGUGCCGGCGCAUGCGCAGCGGUAGCUACAUCAAGGCCAUGGGCGACGAGGACAGUGAUGAGUCCGGCGGCAGCCCCAAGCCCUCACCCAAAACGGCUGCGAGGCGUCAGAGCUACCUGAGGGCCACGCAGCAGUCACUGGGAGAGCAGAGCAACCCCCGCAGGAGUCUGGACCGCCUGGAUUCAGUGGACAUGCUUCUGCCCUCCAAGUGCCCAAGCUGGGAGGAGGACUACAACCCCAUCAGCGACAGCCUCAACGACGCCAGCUGCAUCAGCCAGAUGUUUGGACAGGCCUCCCUGAUCCCCCAAUUGUUUGGCCAUGAGCAGCAGGUACGGGAGGCAGAUCUGAGCGACCAAUAUGAGGCAGCCUGCGAGUCGGCCUGCAGCGAAGCCGAGUCCACAGCAGCAGAGGCCCUCGACUUGCAGCUGCCCAGCUACUUCCGCUCCCGCAGCCACAGCUACCUGCGGGCCAUCCAGGCGGGCUGCUCGCAGGAGGAGGACAGUGUCUCCCUGCAGUCCCUCUCCCCACCGCCCAGCACUGGCAGCCUCAGCAACAGCCGCACGCUUCCAAGUUCAUCAUGCUUAGUGGCGUAUAAGAAGACCCCACCACCAGUUCCUCCACGCACCACAUCAAAGCCGUUCAUCUCGGUCACAGUUCAGAGCAGUACGGAGUCUGCUCAGGACACCUACCUGGACAGCCAGGACCACAAGAGUGAGGUGACGAGCCAGUCAGGCCUGAGCAACUCAUCGGACAGCCUGGACAGCAGCACCCGACCACCCAGUGUCACACGGGGUGGAGUUGCCCCAGGCCCUGAGGCCCCUGAGCCGCCUCCAAAGCAUGCUGCUCUGAAGAGUGACCAGGGGACACUGACCAGCUCGGAGUCCCACGCUGAGGCCAUCCCCAAAAGGAAACUGUCGUCGAUAGGAAUACAAGUUGACUGCAUUCAGCCAGUGCCAAAAGAGGAGCCCAGUCCCGCUACCAAAUUCCAGUCCAUCGGGGUUCAGGUAGAGGACGACUGGCGAAGCAGUGCCCCCUCCCACAGCAUGUCCUCCCGACGGGACACCGACUCAGAUACCCAGGACGCCAACGACUCCAGCUGCAAGUCAUCUGAGAGGAGCCUCCCGGACUGCACCCCGCACCCCAACUCCAUCAGCAUCGAUGCUGGCCCCAGGCAGGUCCCUAAGAUUGCCCAGAUCAAGCGCAACCUCUCCUAUGGAGACAACAGCGACCCUGCCCUCGAGGCAUCCUCGCUGCCCCCUCCCGACCCCUGGCUCGAGACGACCUCCAGCACCCCAGCAGAGCCAACACAGCCAGGGGCCUGCCGCCGAGAUGGCUACUGGUUCUUGAAGCUGCUUCAGGCUGAGACAGAACGGCUGGAAGGCUGGUGUUGCCAGAUGGACAAGGAGACCAAAGAGAACAACCUCUCUGAAGAAGUCUUAGGGAAAGUCCUCAGUGCGGUAGGCAGCGCCCAGCUGCUGAUGUCCCAGAAGUUCCAGCAGUUCCGGGGCCUCUGUGAGCAAAACCUGAACCCUGACGCCAACCCACGUCCCACAGCCCAGGACCUGGCAGGGUUCUGGGACCUGCUCCAGCUGUCCAUCGAGGACAUCAGCAUGAAGUUCGAUGAGCUCUACCACCUCAAGGCCAACAGCUGGCAGCUGGUGGAGACCCCCGAGAAGAGGAAGGAAGAGAAGAAACCACCCCCUCCGGUCCCAAAGAAGCCAGCCAAAUCCAAGCCAGCAGUGAGCCGGGAUAAGGCCUCCGACGCUGGGGACAAGCAGCGCCAGGAGGCCCGCAAGAGACUGCUGGCCGCCAAGCGGGCCGCUUCUGUGCGGCAGAACUCUGCCACGGAGAGCGCGGACAGCAUUGAGAUUUAUGUGCCCGAGGCCCAGACUCGGCUCUGAGGCCACGGAGGAAGAAGGAAACCAUUUUUAAGUCAUUAAAAACACAGACAAACUAAAUGCAAAUGGAACAACAUUUUCUCAACCUUUAGUAUGAUUGUUCUGUCUAGAGACCCUGAGCCAACUUUCAAAUUGACGCAUCCAAGGGCUCACAAUUUGGCUUUUUGGGGUCCCUCCCAGCUAUAGGUUAUGAAGACGUCUCACCCACAAAUCCAGAAACCUAGAACCUGUUUUUUCCUCUUGCUGGCCGUGGUGACUAGAUAGAUGGACUCCAUGCGGUCUUUUUACUCGUUCGAUCUAAUGGGAACUUACCCUAGCUUGUUUACAAGAUGCCAUGUUGGGCCCUGCCAUGUCCUCUCUGCCCAGCAACCCCACUCUGGCCUCGGGUUUCCCUCGGUCCUUUUCUUGUCUCCCUUCAGAGCCCACACGUGGCCCCACCCCCUCUGCUGGUUGAGAGGACAGAGGGACACAUGCCCUCGCCGAGUACAUGCACGCGUAUGCACACGUGCACACAUACAGACCUAGGUUUCUCACAACCCAGCACCUGCCCUGCUCCAGUCCUCAGCAGUAGCAGGCUUGCCUCCAAGCAGAUGAGGGCAGGGUUUAAAACCAGUCGGGGGCGGGGACAUAAAAUCCACACUUACCACACUCCAGCCUCCUUUUUCUUCUCUCCAGCCCUUCCUUCUGCAAAAGAAAAAUUAUGAGCCGGUUGUGUCCCGAGCCGAGCCUGUGUACAGCCCCGGGGCAGGGCAGCCAUGUGUGUACGUCCAUGUACAGAUGCACAUAAACCCUUAGAGUGUAUAUUUAACAAAUGCUCAUCUGCUCGCCCAGGCCCACCAGCAGCAUACUGUCUCGGGCCCCUGGCAGGAGGUGGGUAUGUGAAUAGCAUAUAUUUUUACAUGUACUAUAUCUAGGUGUGUGUACAAGUGUGUGUAAAAAUAUAUACCUUGUGUGUAAGCAGCCCUUUUUUUUCACCCUCCCUCCCUACUCCUUUCCCCGUGGGCCCAGUGUCCACCCUGUUUUCUGUUCCGUUCUGUUUUUAUAACCCACCUCUCCUUCCCUUCACCCCCACCCUCCCAGGGUGUCACGAGCCCUGAGCUGCAAUGGCCCAGGUUGGUGGGUGGGGUGGGAGGGCACAGGCGGGUGGCCGGCACGGGGGCUGCUCUAUACGGUGUAUGUGACUCUAGGGCAUUGGAGACAUCCUCUUGUUCGGCGCUUGCUGCAGGGGCCCCGGGAGAACCAAGGGCCUGCUCUGGGGCCCCGUUCCAGCUUGGCCAUGUCUGUGACCUUGGGCAAGUCACUUGACCUCUGUGUGCCUCAACUUCCUCCUCUGUAAAAUGGGGACAGUCCCUGCCCCUCCCUACCUCACAGGCAUGUUGUGAGAAUAAAUGAGGUAAUGUGUA